GCAUAAAAAUUUUACGAGUGACGUCACACGCGAGGCUCCUCACGCUCACUUCAUUUUUUUCCAAGCCUUACUUUCGGCUUGCCUACUUACGAACGUGCUCAGAUUCCAUGUAUUGGUAAGAUGCUAACCGUUCCGGGGGGAACAUUGGCGCGCAAGGGGCAAUGGUCUUCGUCCGCUCUCGGCUCCUUCCGCGCAACAUCGACGCUGCUGUACUGCAGUGGGGGUACUGUCUACUCACGGUCUAGCCUUACUGAACCUGUCGCUCCGGGCUCCGGUUAGUACGAGUGAACCACUGUGUUGAUGAGUUUUAUGUGCGAGCACGAGUUGUCAAUUCAUUGUAAACGCGUGACAUUGUAAUCAUCAUGACCGCUCCCGCCAAGAAAUCUUCAGUAGAAUCUCUACCUGAUCGUAUUUUUAAGGAUCCUGAUACCGAUUUAUACUACUCUUAUCAAGCAACACGCGAAUCAGGACAAAGAAAAUUUUUCUUGUGCUCUUUGAACCAUUCGCACGGAUGCAAUGGGCAAGGGACUCUGGAUUCGGACGGAGUUUUCCGAUAUCUAGACGAAAAAGACGAGGAUGCUCCAAAAUACCGGCACAACCAUGUGGGUGAAGCUGAUCUGCUUGAGGAUGCAAUUUUUUUAAAAGAAAUGCAUUCUCUACUUUGUCACUCGUUUUUGCAGAACAAAGCGAUCUACAAUAAAUUGAAAAUCUUGUAUCCAAGUGCUGCGCUUAAAUAUCCAUUCGAACAGUAUCAGCUCGAAUGCGGCAGUGGAGGUUAA